CGAUCUCUCCCCUCCCAGCCAGUCGUGGCUGGCCUUUCAAAGUGUGCAGUUGUCUCCUCCCUGCCCAGCCCCAUCGUCGCCCAGGACCAGCUGGGCCGCGGUCUGACCUGAGGCUGCUGCUCAGCCCCGCGGCGCUGGCGCUCUCCAUUCGGGCACCUUCCAGCGUACCGCUCGGCUCCGAGAGCCGCUCUGCAAAGUUGGGCAGCUCAGAGUGCAAGCUUUGCCUCUCGACUUCUCCCUCCCCGGGUUCCCAGCGCCCCCGCCUCCCACGAUCCCUUUCACUAGGAGCAGCCUGUCCCAGCGGGCUGGCAACUUGCACCCCUUCCUAGUCGUCCUCCCCGAAACGCGACCAUGCUGUUAAUGGGCGUCCUCCUGGCGUUGCAAGCCUUGCAGCUCUCCGGUGCCCUCGACCUGCCCGCUGGGUCCUGUGCCUUUGAAGAGAGCACUUGCGGUUUUGACUCCGUGUUGGCCUCUCUGCCGUGGAUUUUAAAUGAGGAAGGCCAUUACAUUUAUGUGGAUACCUCCUUUGGCAAGCAGGGAGAGAAAGCUGUGCUGCUAAGUCCUGACUUACAGGCUGAGGAAUGGAGCUGCCUCCGCUUGGUCUACCAGAUAACCACAUCUUCGGAGUCUCUGUCAGAUCCCAGCCAGCUGAACCUCUACAUGAGAUUUGAAGAUGAAAGCUUUGAUCGCUUGCUUUGGUCAGCUAAGGAACCUUCAGACAGCUGGCUCAUAGCCAGUUUGGAUUUGCAAAAUAGUUCCAAGAAAUUCAAGAUUUUAAUAGAAGGUGUACUAGGACAGGGAAACACAGCCAGCAUUGCACUGUUUGAAAUCAAGAUGACAACCGGCUACUGUAUUGAAUGUGACUUUGAAGAAAAUCAUCUCUGUGGCUUUGUGAACCGCUGGAAUCCCAAUGUGAACUGGUUUGUUGGAGGAGGAAGUAUUCGGAAUGUCCACUCCAUUCUCCCACAGGAUCACACCUUCAAGAGUGAACUGGGCCACUACAUGUAUGUGGACUCGGUUUAUGUGAAGCACUUCCAGGAGGUGGCACAGCUCAUCUCCCCGUUGACCACGGCCCCCAUGGCUGGCUGCUUGUCAUUUUAUUACCAGAUCCAGCAGGGGAAUGACAAUGUCUUUUCCCUUUACACUCGGGAUGUGGCUGGCCUUUACGAGGAAGUCUGGAAAGCGGACAGGCCAGGGAAUGCUGCCUGGAAUCUCGCGGAGGUCGAGUUCAAUGCUCCUUACCCCAUGGAGGUUAUUUUUGAAGUUGCUUUCAAUGGUCCCAAAGGAGGUUAUGUUGCCCUGGAUGAUAUUUCAUUCUCUCCUGUUCACUGCCAGAAUCAGACAGAACUUCUGUUCAGUGCCGUGGAAGCCAACUGCAAUUUUGAGCAAGAUCUCUGCAACUUUUACCAAGAUAAAGAAGGUCCAGGUUGGACCCGAGUGAAAGUAAAACCAAACAUGUAUCGGGCUGGAGAUCACACUACAGGCUUAGGGUAUUACCUGCUAGCCAACACAAAGUUCACAUCUCAGCCUGGCUACAUUGGAAGGCUCUAUGGGCCCUCCCUGCCAGGAAACUUGCAGUAUUGUCUGCGUUUUCAUUAUGCCAUCUAUGGAUUUUUAAAAAUGAGUGACACCCUAGCAGUAUACAUCUUUGAAGAGAACCAUGUGGUUCAAGAGAAGGUCUGGUCUGUGUUGGAGUCCCCAAGGGGUGUUUGGAUGCAAGCUGAAAUCACCUUUAAGAAGCCCAUGCCUACCAAGGUGGUUUUCAUGAGCCUAUGCAAAAGUUUCUGGGACUGUGGGCUUGUAGCCCUGGAUGACAUUACAAUACAAUUGGGAAGCUGCUCAUCUUCAGAGAAACUUCCACCUCCACCUGGAGAGUGUACUUUCGAGCAAGAUGAAUGUACAUUUACUCAGGAGAAAAGAAACCGGAGCAGCUGGCACAGGAGGAGGGGAGAAACUCCCACUUCCUACACAGGACCAAAGGGAGAUCACACUACUGGGGUAGGCUACUACAUGUACAUUGAGGCCUCCCACAUGGUGUAUGGACAAAAAGCACGCCUCUUGUCCAGGCCUCUGCGAGGAGUCUCCGGAAAACACUGCUUGACCUUUUUCUACCACAUGUAUGGAGGGGGCACUGGCCUGCUGAGUGUUUAUCUGAAAAAGGAAGAAGACAGUGAGGAGUCCCUCUUAUGGAGGAGAAGAGGUGAACAGAGCAUUUCCUGGCUACGAGCACUGAUUGAAUACAGCUGUGAGAGGCAACAUCAGAUAAUUUUUGAAGCCAUUCGAGGAGUAUCGAUAAGAAGUGAUAUUGCCAUUGAUGAUGUUAAAUUUCAGGCAGGACCCUGUGGAGAAAUGGAAGAUACAACUCAACAAUCAUCAGGAUAUUCUGAGGACUUAAAUGAAAUUGAGUAUUAAGAAGUGAUCUGAAUUGGAUUAACUAGACGAAAACCAUACCUCUCUUCAAUCAAAAUGAAAACAAAGCAAAUGAAUACUGGACAGUCUUAACAAUUUUAUAAGUUAUAAAAUGACUUUAGAGCACCCUCCUUCAUUACUUUUGCAAAAACAUACUGACUCAGGGCUUUUUUUUUCUUUUUGCAUAUGACAACUGUUACUAGAAAUACAGGCUACUGUUUUUGCAUAGAUCAUUCAUUUUAAUUUUGGUACCAGUUAAAAAUACAAAUGUACUAUAUUGUAGUCAUUUUAAAGUACACAAAUAAAGGGCACAAUCAAAAUGAGAUGUGCUCAUUUAAAUCUGCAUUCAGUGAAUGUAUUGGGAGAAAAAUAGGUCUUGCGGGUUUCCUUUUGAAUUUUAAGUAUCAUAAAUAUUUUUAAAGUAAAUAAUAUGGGGUGUCAGUAAUAUCUGCAGAAUGAAUGCAGUCUUUCAUGCUAAUGAGUUAGUCUGGAAAAAUAAAGUCUUAUUUUCUAUGUUUUAUUCAUAGAAAUGGAGUAUUAAUUUUUAAUAUUUUCACCAUAUGUGAUAACAAAGAAUCUUUCAUGAAUGUCCAAGGGUAAGUCAGAAUUAAUGCUGUAUUACAAGGCAAUUCUACCUUCUUUAUUCCCCCUUUGAACUACCUUUGAAGUCACUAUGAGCACAUGGAUAGAAAUUGAACUCUUUUUUGUAAAGCAAGCUUAAAAUGUUUAUGUAUACAUACCCAGCAAUUUUUAUAAAUGUGUUAAACAAUUUUACUGAUUUUUAUAAUAAAUAUUUUGGUAAGAUUUUGAAUAAUAUGAAUUCAGGCAGAUAUACUAAACUGCUUUUUAUUUACUUGUUUAGACAAUUGUAUAUAUAAUGUUUGUGUAUCCUAACAGCUGCUAUGAAAUUAUAAAAUUACCUAAUAAAAAUAAUUUGAAAAUCUUUUCACUAGCAAUUAACUCAUUUCUACAUUAUUUGUCUUUAUCAGAGUAUCUUCACUACAUAACUGCAGAUUCUAAUUUGGAUCUCUACUCUGCCACAACAAAAUGCUUAAGCCUUUUUAUUAGUGACAUAAGCACUCUAUACAUUAAUAUAAUAAUUAUUACUUUUUUCUCUUAAUUCUCCCUUACCUCUA